CCCAGGCGACCAGUCAUGACAGCUGAAAAGACCAUUCCCAUCAUUAACGGCAAGCCAGAAGAUGCUUUGGACCCAGAAGCCUCCAGUACCAACCUUGUCCACAGUAAUGAUAAAAAGGUGCACGAAAGGGGCCACUGGAACAAUAAGGUUGAAUUUGUCCUGUCUGUGGCUGGGGAGAUUAUCGGGUUAGGAAAUGUGUGGAGGUUCCCCUACCUCUGCUACAAGAAUGGAGGAGGUGCUUUCCUCAUUCCAUAUGUGGUUUUCUUUAUUUGCUGUGGAAUACCAGUAUUUUUUCUGGAGACUGCCCUGGGACAGUUUACUAGUGAAGGAGGUAUUACAUGUUGGAGGAAAAUUUGCCCUCUCUUUGAAGGCAUUGGAUAUGCUACCCAAGUUAUUGAAGCACAUUUAAAUGUUUAUUACAUCAUCAUUUUAGCAUGGGCUAUCUUCUAUCUAUUUAACUGCUUUACCACAGAGCUCCCAUGGGCCACUUGUGGGCAUGAAUGGAAUACAGAAAACUGUGUGGAAUUUCAGAAGCUUAAUAUGAGCAACUGCAGUCAAAUCUCAUUACAAAAUGCCACUUCUCCAGUCAUGGAAUUCUGGGAGCGCAGGGUAUUAGCCAUAUCAGAAGGAAUUGAACAUAUUGGGAAUCUUCGCUGGGAAUUGGCAUUGUGUCUCCUUGCUGCUUGGACUAUCUGCUACUUCUGCAUUUGGAAAGGAACCAAGUCAACUGGAAAGGUGGUAUAUGUAACAGCCACAUUCCCAUAUAUGAUGCUACUGAUUCUUCUUAUUCGAGGAGUAACUUUACCAGGGGCUUCUGAAGGAAUAAAAUUCUACUUGUAUCCUGAUCUAUCCAGAUUGUCUGACCCACAGGUCUGGGUGGAUGCUGGUACACAGAUAUUUUUCUCCUAUGCCAUCUGCUUAGGAUGCUUGACAGCUUUGGGGAGUUACAACAACUACAAUAACAAUUGCUACAGGGACUGCAUUAUGCUCUGCUGUUUGAACAGUGGCACAAGUUUUGUUGCUGGUUUUGCCAUCUUUUCUGUCCUUGGUUUUAUGGCUUAUGAACAAGGGGUACCCAUUGCAGAAGUAGCAGAAUCAGGACCAGGACUUGCAUUCAUUGCCUAUCCAAAAGCUGUCACCAUGAUGCCUCUUUCUCCACUGUGGGCAGCUUUGUUUUUCAUGAUGCUUAUAUUCCUUGGAUUGGAUAGUCAGUUUGUGUGUGUUGAAAGCCUUGUGACAGCUGUGGUGGAUAUGUACCCAAAGAUUUUCCGAAGGGGAUACAGAAGAGAACUGUUGAUUCUUGCCCUUUCAAUUGUGUCAUACUUCAUUGGCCUAAUAAUGUUAACAGAGGGUGGAAUGUAUGUUUUCCAGCUGUUUGACUCCUAUGCGGCUAGUGGAAUGUGCCUUCUUUUUGUUGCUAUAUUUGAAUGUAUCUGCAUAGGCUGGGUUUAUGGCAGCAAUCGCUUUUAUGAAAACAUUGAAGAUAUGAUUGGAUACAAGCCAUUGACAUUAAUUAAAUGGUGUUGGAUGUUCCUAACUCCUGGUAUUUGUGCUGGAAUCUUCAUCUUUUUCCUGGUGAAAUAUAAGCCUUUGAAAUACAACAAUGUAUAUACCUACCCUGACUGGGGCUAUGGGAUAGGGUGGAUGAUGGCCCUCUCGUCCAUGGUUUGUAUUCCUUUGUGGAUCUGCAUUAAGUUAUGGAAGAUGGAAGGAACCAUUCUAGAGAAAUUCAGGAAACUGAUUGUACCUAGCCCAGAUCUGAAAAUGAGAGGGAAGCUUGGUGCGGGAGCAUAUGCUGCUACAGUAAAUGAUUGUGAUGCCAAACUGAAAGGUGAUGGCAACAUUUCAGCCAUCACAGAGAAGGAGACGCAUUUCUGA